GAUGGCAGUAGUGUGUAAUAUAUAGAUUCAUCACUCUAGUUCACUCGACUUGAGCAACAUGUCUGCGCCCUGGACACAUGUGUAAACAAACAUGGAGAUGAGAAUAACCUUGCACAAGGGUUAACCAUUUUUAAAUUAUCCACUUACGUAUAUAAAACCUGUUUCAGCAAUGACCUUGCGGCUUUGCGAGACGUUUCUACGCAGAUCUUUGCGAUUUUCAACGAUCCGCAAACUGACGACAGCCCCAGAGCACGCGCCACUGUAUCUGCGUCUAUCAGGUUGCGCCGUUUUUGGUCCACAGACAGUAAGAAAAUGCCUCUUUCAUUGCACUCCGGCCAGUUUGGUGUCUUCGAGUGCUUUUUUGGACAGACUGCAGAAGGGGAGAGCGGUGGUGUCCGAUGAGGGUCUCUGUCAUCAUCAGCCUGUCUCUGUUCCAUCAGACAGCGGUCAUCAAUUUUCCUUAUUGUUAAAGAAUCCUGAUCAACCUGAAAAUGCCAAAUCUCUUAAAGUGGCUAUAGUGGGUGCGCCUAAUGCAGGGAAAUCAACAUUGACCAAUCAACUGCUGGGUCGAAAGUUGUUUGCUGUUUCUGAGAAAGUGCACACAACAAGAUCACGUGCUGUUGGUGUCCUGACAGAGGAUGACACACAAAUCAUACUGUUGGAUACCCCUGGUCUCACCACACCAAUAAAGGCUAAAAGACAUCACCUGGAGGAAUCGCUGCUGGUGGAUCCUUUUGAGUCAAUAAAGGAAGCUGAUCUAGUGAUGGUGCUAGUCGAUAUGUCUGAUAAAUGGACCCGCAAUAAGCUGGACUAUGAAGUGCUGAAGUGUCUGGCCCUGAAUCCAGAUGUCCCUGCCAUCCUUGUCCUUAAUAAGGUAGAUCUACUGAAGAACAAAACACUUUUGCUAGACAUCACGGCACAGCUGACAGAAGGGGUGGUUAAUGGAAAGAAGAUCAGGAUCCGCGGCGCAGAGAAACCACUUGAGAAAUUAGCAGCCAAACGCCACAGCAGACAUGCUGAAGAACCACAGUCUGAGAGCAUGAAGGACGGGCUGUCUCAGGAGGGUCAGGACAAAGACAGGCUGAAGGCCCUGAAGAGCCGCAGGGGGUGGCUUCUUUUUAAGGAUGUAUUUAUGUUAAGUUCUAUUGACAGAGAAGAUGUGGAAACAUUAAAGAAAUACCUGUUUGAUGGUGCCAAGCCUGGCCAGUGGCAGUACCACAGUGAAGUACUGACUGAUCAGGGUCCUGAGGAGAUGUGCACCAACACUAUCAGAGAGAAACUUCUACAGCAUCUCCCGAAGGAGGUGCCGUAUGGUAUGACACAGAAACUCUUCCCAACUCUUCAGAUGAUCACACCUGUGGAAGAUCCCUCACAUGGGACUUUUCAUCUAAAAGGAAGAGCAGCUGCCAUCCUGUAG